UUGGCCGGGUCCUAUUUGAUUCGCGAACACAAUGGACAGUCAGAGCACUAAAUGAAAAAUGGAUGUCAGAACCUGGUAGAUGUAAGGAUCUACUAAACUGCUAUAGGAUCACAGAAUCGGCAUUUUUGUGAUGGUCUGAAUGAUACGAGUUUGCAGCGGUGCCUCUGUUUUGCGAUUUUGCAUUUAGAAGAGUUGGGAAAACUCUCCGAUAACUAUGACAGCAACUAUUCAUCAAAACAUUUGUGGUGUACAUCUACAACUUCAUCAUGGUAAAUAAACCAACCGUUUUUGUGGAUUAUUCAACGAGGCUUCAGCAGCGCAUUUGCAAGUUGUAUUAACUACAAGCAUUCGUGUGAAAUAAAAAAGCGUGCAUUCCAGUCACAACGUCACGGGCAACUACGGCACAUUCGCCGGCAUGGUGCGCAUUCUCAACUGCCUUUUUCUGGGCUACUUGACAUGGAACCUCCGGAUAUCUGAUGCGCAGGGAGAGUACUGCCACGGCUGGCUGGACGGCCAUGGAAAUUACCACGAAGGCUUUCAGUGUCCUGAAGACUUCGACACGAUGGACGCGACAGUGUGUUGCGGGACAUGCUCGCUUCGGUACUGCUGCGCGGCCGUGGACGCACGGCUAGACCAGGGGAGUUGCACCAAUGACAGGGAAGUGGAGAACACCGAAUUCGCAGCUCAGCCCAUCUACGUGCCCUUCCUGAUGGUGGGCUCCAUCUUCGUGGCGUUUGUGGUGGUGGGCUCGCUGGUGGCCGUCUACUGCUGCACGUGCCUGCGGCCCAAGCAGCCGGCGCAGCCGCCCAUGCGCUUCUCGCUGCGCAGCUGCCAGGGCGAGACCAUCCCCAUGAUCCUGACGCCGGCGCCGCCCUCGCUGCGCACGCCCUCGCGCCAGUCCAGCACGGCCACCACCAGCUCCAGCUCGGCGGGCGGCGCCACCACCACGGGCACGGGCAGCGGCGGCUCGCUGCGGCGCUUCUCGCUGGGCCGGGGCGGCGGCGACGGCCUGCAGGUGCCCAUGCAGGUGCAGCUGGCCGUGCCCAUGCAGGCGGCGCCCGCCGCGCACCUCCUGAUGCCCUCGGGCCCCGGCGGCGCCCUCUCCUCGUCUUCCUCCUGCUCCUCCUCCAUGACGCCCCUUCCUCCUCCGCCUCCUCUGCCGCAGGUCACCCAGCCGGCGCUGCCGCCCCCUCCGCCGCCUCCCUACACCUCCCCCGCGGCGUGUCUCCACGGCAACCUGUCGCACUCCCGUGGGCCUCCUCCUCCUCCCCCACACCCUCACUCCCACGCCCACGCCCACUCCCAUGCCCACGCUCAUGCCCACACCUCGCUGCAGCUGCACCACGCGCCCCAGGGCUCGGGCUUCCUGCUGCCCCAGCAGUACUUCUUCCCCAUGCAGACUGAGCCCUUCGGCACGGCCAAGGGCUUCGCCGACUUCGGCCAGAGCUGACUGGUCCUGGACACCCUCUGAACCCCAUCGCCCACCCAGGGAGAAGAGUGUGUGUCGGUGGAUGUGUGUGUAUGUGACAGAGGGGUGGGGACGGGUGGUGGUGUUGGUGUUAGUAAAGCGUAGGAGCUCACACAGUGGUGCCCUUGGUUGGUUGUAGAAUCACACCAGGGAGGACGUGUGUGAGUCUGAUGGGGUUGCCUGGCGUGCCUUUGCUGCGAUUCCGUGAGAACCUUCCGGAAUGUGUCGAAGCGAGGGAGACAGAGGAAGCGACGGACCCAGCUGUGAAGGCUUUUCUCUAGACCCUAACACAGGGACACGGGUCCCCUCCGAGCACGCCAGGCCAGCGAUGGGAGUUUUAUGUGAGGACAAAAUAUGCACUUUUAUAAGCAGUCGUUAUGUUCCCCUGUUGUUUUUCUCACUGACCUGCCAACGUAUCAGGACACAUUUUGUCAAGGUUGUUCAGACAGACAACUAAUCAGACAUUUCCAAACCAAGACUGAAAAGACAGCUGUUGGCAGUUUGUUUUGGACACGUUCAUAUCGUCCAAUGGCAUUAAAAAAAAGAGGAAGCAACCAGGGAUUUUUUAAAAACUGUAUUUUGACAAUCUCAAGGCCCCUCUAAAAGAGGGAACAGAAAGAACUUUUUUACUUUUGGAUUAAAUGUCACUGAAUUGUGUAGCUGUGUACGGUCCCAGGUGAGCCGAUAAGGAUCAGCCGUGUCCAUACGUUACAUAACAUAUACAUCCAUUCCUUCAGGGCUAAAAUGUCAAACGAGUAGACGAUUCGUAUUUUUUUAAGGGGUUGUAAAUUGAUGAUGAGGUCUAUUUUGGGAAAAUAAAUUAGACGUUUUUUUUUAAGAUGAAUAUGUGACACACGCGUACUUAUAGUUUGUUUGAAUGAAACCCUCUGUGGCUGGAUAGCCAUGGAGCUUUUUUUUUAAAGCCACAAUAGGCCACUGCACUCAAAGCAGCCCUUUUCAACAGGGCACGGAACCACAUCCGGAUCACAGCAAGAGCCACAGAGUCACAGUGCCUAGACGAGGCACAGAAGAAUGUGUUUACUUUUUUUUAUUAUUAUUGUAUUGUCUCUGUACAAAAUUCCAUGUUUGUCACAAGUGACUGAUAGUGCCGAUUUGUAUCAGCUGUGCCAGUGCUUGAUCAGAAAGGGCUUAUUUAAUGGUCAUUGACCAACACAACCCUAUAAGUUGAGCAAACCCUUAACCUCCUCAGUAACAACAUCCACUUUACUGUCUUAUUUACAA